CGCAGCACAGCAGCAGCAGCAGCAGCAGCAGCAGCAGCAGCAGGCGUUUUGUUCCUCACUGGGCGCGCGUCAGCACCCUCAGGAGCGGUGGCUGCAGCGGCUGCAGCAGCAGGUGCUGCAGCUGCGGGACCAGCAGCAGCUAGGAAUCCAUAAGGCCUGGCAGCAGCACUAUUUGCUGCUGCUGCAGCAGCUGCUUCAGGCAGCCCCUCAAGCCAUUGGCGGGGCCAAUCCCGCGCAGCUUUCUACCCUGGUGCACGAUGUGAGUCUGCUGGCGGCCGAAUGCGAAGCUCAGCUGCAGCAGCUGGCCCGGGUCCCGCAGCAGCAGCAGCAGCAGCAGCAGCAGAAGCGGCAGCAGCAGCAACUGCUGCUUAGGAACUUGCUGCAGCAGGUGCAUGCGCUGCUGCUCGUCGCCUUAAGGAACUCUGCUGCACAAGCUGAGGCCUUUUCAGCCAGAGACAUAGCUCUGCUGCUGUCCUCUCUGGCGCGGCUUUGUGGCACGCCUGAGUCAGCAGCAGCAGCAGCAGCAGCAGCAGCAGAUUUAGGCAGAGCAGCAACAGCAGCAGCUGCUGCUGCCGCAUCAAGGAAAGACUCAGAGCAAGCUGGAGGAGACGCCGGUGUGCUCCGAAGCAGUGAGACCACAAAUGCGGCAGCAGCAGCAGCUGCUGCUGCUGCUGCUGCUGCGCCUCGUGCUGCUCCUGCUGCUGCUGCGUUGCGUGCUGCAGCAGCAGACUUGCUGCCUGCAGUGUAUGUACAGCUCAACCGCGUGCUCCAGCAAUGCAACAGCAAAGACACGCUGGCUCUUCUUGGGGCGCUGCCUCGUUUGUGGUCUUUGGAAUGUCUGCUGCUGCAGCAGCAGAGACGGAGGCAGCAGCAGCAGCAGCAGCUUGCUGCUGCUGCUGGCUUGCUGCGGGUCGCCCCCAAGUGGGUGGCCACUUGGGAUGUCAAGCAGCUUGCUGCUGCAGCAGCAGAUGCACACCGCAUUUGCUGCUGCAGCCCCUUGCCGCUGCAUGCAUUAGCGCAGCAGCUGUUUCAGCAGCUCGCGCCGCAGCUUACUAGCCGCUUGGCGCGUCGGCUGCAGCAGCAGCAGCAGCAGCAGCAACAGCAGCAGCAGCAGCAGCAGCAGAAAGUUAAAGAUGCUGCUGCUGCCAACCUACUGGCAGAAGCAGCUGCGAGGGGAGACCUCCGCGCCUGGAAGCCUUCAGAUUUCGAAAUGACGGCUCAGCAAGCCAUGUCGCUUUGGGUUUCUUUGCUGUCUUUUUUGCUUCCUUCGGAUGGCCGAAGCAGCAAAUGGGAAGGGCUGCUGCUGGCGGUGGAGGGUUUGCUGGUGUCAGCAUUAAGUCCCUCGCCGGGGAAGGAGCAGCAGCAAGAGCUGCUGCUGCUGCAGCUGCUGCAGCAGCAGCAGCUGCCGUCAGCGCUGCAGGCCCUCAGGGACCUGCCGCCUCCAGGGGACCCCAGCUUAACAGGGAGCUGCAUCGUUCGUGGCAUUGCUGCUGCUGCUGGUGGGGGGCUGCUGCCACAGGGCCUUGCUGCUGCUGCCGCACCUGCUACUGCAGCUGCUGCACCUGCUGCUGAUGUUGCUCGCCUGCCGCUGCUGCCGCUGCUGCUGGCGCGGUGUGAGCAGCAGCUGCCUCUCCUUGGCAACAAAGACACCUUCACUCUCUGCCGAGCCCUGCUGCGGCUUGCUGCCUCCCCUUCGUCCCGCAGCAGCAGCAGCAGCGGCAGCAAGGCUUUAGAGAGAGGCGCAAGAGCAGCUCUUCUAUCUUCGCUAGCUUCCUUGCUGCUGCAGCAGCAAACGG